GGAGGGGAAGAGAGAGAAAAAGAGAGAGAUAGAAUCCGUUUGGAGUUAGCAUCGAAAGAGAAAGAGAUCGAUCGGCCGAGCAAAUUACGACGCGUGGAACGUUGAAAUCGUUGUGUUACACAGGAUGGAUACUGAAGAGUGGAAACGUGGAAGCAGGAACGCGGAAAGUGCUGCGACUUUGGGACUAGAAAUGAGUUGAGGAUCGGCUACGAUGUUGAGUCGUUUGUCGGCCGUGGUGGCCUCCAUUUUGGUUCACCAGGUACACUUUCUGUGCACCGCAGAUUCUCAAGGCGUGAAGCCAGUUCCUGGGCUGGAAAACCUGCCGAGGUCGUUCUGGCGUGAGCUCAGUUCACCCUUUACCGAGGUGUACGAAGUGGACAGUUUUGCCACCGAGAUCAGUGCAACGCCCGAACCAAGGCCGUUUUUCGAAGAUCCAGAGAGCAACAUUACAGUGCAGUUAGGAGCUCAAGUACACAUGCACUGUAGAGUGCAAAAUUUGCAAAAGAAUUUGAAGGUAUCGUGGGUACGAAGACGUGGCGAGGAUUUUCAUUUACUUACUAUCGGCCUUGACACGUAUGCGAGCGACUCGAGAUUUUCUUUGGAGUUCGAAGGCCCGAACGAUUGGCGAUUACAGUUGAAAUCGGCGACUGAAAGGGAUGCAGGACUUUACGAGUGUCAAGUCAGUGUACAUCCGCCAUUAAUCAGAACGGUUCAUCUGUCGGUAUCAGAUCUAACUUUGGUACGCGCCACGAAGAUAGCACCGUUACCACUAACAUCCGCAGAAGAUCGCCCAUUUCUACUCGUACCAAGAGUUGAGAUUGUUGACGAACGUGGCGCGACCACCGGCGAUAAAUUCUAUAAAGCAGGUAGUACGAUAGAACUGAAGUGUGUCGUUAGCAAUAUACCUCAACCGACUGGAUACGUAACAUGGCGGCAUGGAUCUCGUGCACUGAAUUACGAUACCACCCGUGGAGGAAUCAGUGUGAAAACCGACAUGGGGUCGACCGGAGCGGUUUCGAGGCUCUACAUUGCCAAUGCGAAUAAGAAAGACAGUGGGAACUAUAGUUGCGCAUUGGCCGACAUAGCUGCGGUCACUGUCGUCUCCGUCCACGUGCUCAACGGAGAGAAUCCAGCGGCGAUGCAGCACGGUGGAAGCGGCAGUUCAAGGGCAGCAUUGGUCCUUAUCAUCCUUGCGACAUUGUCAUCGCUUUUGAGGUGACCGUGAGGAGAUCUUUGGCGCUGCUACGUAGCUCUGCGAUACGAAUGGUGCUAACUAACUUUGUCACGCGAGCAAGAACAUCGGAUACUCUUCGAAACGAGAGAGAAAGGAGAAGAUGGGAAAUUAACGAAAAGAAAAAUUUAAGACGAGAGGAAAGAGAAUAAUAGAAAAUUCAAGAAAAAAGGAAAGAUCUCGUUCCGAUGCCGAGUAUCCACCGUGUUCCUUUCAGAAAUUUCACGAUUAAUGAAAAACGUUCGAACCAAGAUUAAGUUAAUAAACUUUGUUCGAACUCGUCGUGUGCUAAACCUAAAUCUUAUACAUAUAUAUACAUAUAUAUAAACAUAUGUGUAUAUAUAAGUAUAUAUAUAUAUAAUAUCCUGAUAACUCGAGACCUCUCCUCACAUGCGCUCAGAGCAACGAAAUUUCAUUUCCUGCGUUCAUGGCCGAAAAUUGUCAUAUGAACGCUUAUAUCAAUCGCGAUCUUAUACAAUGUACGCGUGUGGAAACUCGACGGAAACGGCACGUUCCAAAAUCGUUGCGAGCACAUUUUAUCUUCGCCCAAUACGAGGGAUAAAAUAAUAAUAAUAAUA